AAUUUGGAAGCAGUGCGUUAUAAUGUUAACCAACUGCUGGUCCGCGAUUGGCUGAGUGCGUGUGUUUCGUGGCGGGCUGUCAUCCCAGACUCACAGCAGCGCGUUUCAGUCAGUCACCGUUGUGAGGGGAGGAGAGGGCAGAUGCUGGUGGCAUAGCUGAUCGGGAUAGGUGGUUCAAAGGAGGAAGAUAUAGGGUGGCAAGAGGUGGAGGUAUUGAGGAGAUAAUGGUGCAGUUAUGUGGCAAUCAGUAGUGGGGAUCGUCUCUCCGUGCAGUGACUGACGACAAGGCUAUACCUACGCCUUUGGCAUCAAGCAGGAUAAAGGAUGGUUAUGUUAUAGCGUUAGGCUUGACAACAGAGUAGCGUGCACAUCGUCCGCGGAUACUGAAAGUAAAGAGACAUAUAAAGGCAAACUAUGUUCGCAAGAUGAUUUCUGCCAAGAAAACUCCGGAGAAGAGUCGUUAUCCUAUCCACUAUUUAGUGUGGCACAGCAAGCAUCGGCAGCUGGAGAAAGAGCUUUCAGCGAAUGAGCAGACGGACUUGGAGGGCCAGGACCCCCGGGGUCGGACCCCCCUGCACCUGGCCGUGACGCUUGGACACCUGGACUGUGCCAGAGUGCUGCUGCAGCACGGUGCCGACGUCAGCAAGGAGAACCGCAACGGCUGGACCGUUCUCCAGGAAGCAGUGAGUACAAGGGAUCCGGAGUUGGUGCGUCUUGUCCUUCGUUACCGUGACUACCAGCGCACUGCCAAGAGACUGGCGGGCAUCCCUGUUUUGCUAGAGAGACUCCGUCAGGCACAGGACUUCUAUGUGGAGAUGAAGUGGGAGUUCACCAGCUGGGUGCCCCUGGUGUCCCGGAUCUGCCCCAGUGACACCUACCGGGUGUGGAAGAGCGGCCAGUGCCUGCGCGUUGACACUACCCUGAUGGGCUUCGAACAGAUGACCUGGCAGAGGGGCAAACGCAGCUUCAUUUUCAGGGGACAUGGUCAAGACUCCAAGGCGGAGGUGAUGGAGGUGGACCAUGACAGACAGCUGGUGUUCAGUGAGACCCUCUCCCUUUCCUCCCUGGCCGCGCCAACCCCGGUCACGGCCCCUAACCCCACCACCGGAAACUCAAACAUCGGCGUGGGCGCCAACGGCUCCAGGGGGACGGGCUGCAGUACCGCCAGCGGCCUCGGGUUGCUGGGGGCACUGCAGCCCAGCGAGGAGCAGGUAGCAGCCAGGCUGUCCGCUCCCGUGGUCACCACCCAGCUGGACACGCGCAACAUCGCCUUCGAGAGGAACAAGACGGGCAUCCUGGGCUGGAGGAGUGAGAAGACAGAGCUGGUGAACGGAUAUGAAACCAAGGUGUUUGGAGCGUCCAACGUGGAGCUAAUAACCAGGACCAGAACUGACCACCUGUCGGACCAGAAUAAGACCAAGACCAAAGGGAAGACACCACUGCAGAACUUCUUAGGUAUUGCUGAGCAACACGUUGGACCAAACAAUGGGGCCCUGGUGACCCACAUGUCGUGUCCGGCCGUAACCAACCCCGCGGCUCUGACGGCAGAGGAGUACUUCAACCCCAGCCUGUCACUGGAGCCCAGGGACAUCGGCCACCCCUGCCAGCUCACCACCAAGACACAGAGGUUCAAAGCUAAGCUGUGGCUCUGCGAGUCCCAUCCUCUGUCUCUGGCGGAUCAGGUGGCGCCCAUCAUCGACCUCAUGGCCAUCUCCAACGCCCUGUUCGCCAAGCUGCGUGACUUCAUCACCCUGCGCCUGCCUCCGGGCUUCCCCGUCAAGAUAGAGAUCCCCAUCUACCACAUCCUGAACGCCAGGAUCACCUUCAGCAACCUCAACGGCUGUGAGGAGGGGGGGCCGGGGGUCCACGGGGAGCCCGGGGGAGAGCCGGUGGAGGGGGACGGGCAGAGGGACCCCCCCAGCGUCGACACCCCGUCACCGGGCAGCGACUCCUCCAGCGUCUCCAGCUCGAGCUCCACCAUGUCGUGCCGUGUCGGGGAGAUCCCCCCGUGUGUGUUCGACCCCCCGGCUGGCUACAGCAUGCUGGGGGGGAAGCAGAGAGACAGCAUGCGAGAGGAGGAGGACGAGGACCUGCUGCAGUUCGCCAUCCAGCAGAGCCUGCUGGAGGUGGGCACCGAGUACGACCAGGUGACCAUCUGGGAAGCUCUGACCAAUAGCAAGCCGGGAGCCCACCCCCUGUCCUGUGAUCCCAGCCGUCUGGAGAGGACCCCCCAGCACAAGCCCCGCCCACCGACCAGCCUUUGCUCCACCCCCACCAAGAAGCCGCCAAACAACUGCAGCUACAACGAGCAGCUGCGCAUCGCCAUGGAGAUCUCGGCGAGGGAGCAGGACGCGGCGGAGCACCGCAGGCGGCAAGAGGAGGAGGAGCUUCAGAGGAUAAUUCAACUGUCGCUCAUGGAGAAAUGAGGGCUGAUUGGCUGGUGGCAGCCUGAGUGGGAGGGGUAUGGACAAAGGUUCUACGGAGACAGCAGGCGACGGAAGGCAAGGUUUGGGAGCAGCGGCUUGAAUGACAGCUGAUUAUUUUCUUUUGGGUGUGGCGUUUGGUUAUUAUAAUUGAGGUCAGGCAUGGUGACGCAUGCUGCAGGACCAGACAGUAGAGUUGGCGUUGGAAGGAAACAAAGUGUUGAGCAGUUGUUCCUUUAAGGAAAGCGCAAUUCAACGAGUCUCGCUCGAUUUUAUUCCGUUGGGCUGCCAGCGGUUUCUGCUCUGGAGUCUCAGAAUGACUUAUGGCCUCAAGGCUGGCCUUUAUGAUUAAAGGCCUGCAGCAGCACGUGACUAUGGUAAUGUUUAUCUUGGACUGGAGCGCUGCUGCGACUAAGAGAAAUAAUACAAUAUUGAUUAGCCUCCAAACUAUGAUUUAUGACUGAAACGCCUGUCUCAGUCACUGAGGUAAUGGAAACCAUGAUGAAUACAUUCAAAAGUUACUUCUGCUGUAAUGCUAGGAGAAUAUUGUCUUUGAAGGCACGGAUGAAACAACAGGAAUUUAUAUCAAUAAGCCAUCAACUUUUCGUUAAUGUAAGCCCACAGCCUGAGGACAUUUUAAUUGAAUGCUUCCAAAGUUUAUCAAAAUAAGAAUUAUGGUCUAAAAAGCUAUUGUCCUCCGUCCUGAUUACAGCAACACGCACAGUAUAUUAAUGAAUUAUUUAAUCCAGUUUUUGUAUGGGUUAUAUUUGUAAGACUUCCCAGCGUUUCUCUUAAAAUUAGGAAAGCUCCAACUACUUCAGUUCCAGGAUUGAUGCAGGUUUCUGCAGUGCACUGAAUACGUUAGGAUCACUGAGGACUUGGGAGCCCUUGGAACGGUUCAGUUAUUUGAAGAUAGACUUGAAUUUAAACAGACACUAGCAGACAGACACUAUCAAACACACAAGAGAACCAAUGGCUUUAGGUGUUUAAUCAUAACAAGAUGAUGGAUGAUCUUCUGUAUUUCACUUUUCAAUACAAAUAUGGUGCUUCACGAAACAAACUAAACGGUGCAAAAACAAAGAAUAAACACAGACACGAGUCAUAUAAAAAGGUAAAAAAGCCAAUGUAGAAUUAAAUAAAGAUAGAAUGAAGUGAAAGGAUAGCCUACGUGAAUGAAUACGGCCCGAUCCCAAUGUCCGGACUCACAGACUUUGUUGCGCGUGCUCGCGAAAUGCAGACUUCACAUAAGGGAAUCACCCACAGUUCCCACAGAGACCAUAGGGAAAUCGGGUAAUUAGGAAGGUAACUUUUUUUAGUGAGCCGGAUCAUUUGGAUCAGCUCAUCAACAAGAGCCGGCUCUCUUGGCUCCGAAACGGCUCUUCAUAUUACUAAUUGUUCCUUUUAUAAUUCAGCCAAAUGUAGUCAGUUCUGACUUAUGAUUAGUAUGUGUAGGCCAAUAAACACCUAAUUCAAUACAUCCUUAUACUGAAGUAUUCAAAAGUAAAAAUUAUAUUUUCUAAUAUCAGUAAAUUGCUGCAGCCGAUUGUUUUCAUUGCAUUUAAAAAAAAACUAAAAGUAAGAAUUACCAAACCGGCAAGUGUCAGCAGCAUCUUUGUCAUUAAACAUUGCCAAGGUAACAUGUGCUCUCAUGAAGUGCUGUCCCAAUCCCAUAUAUACCUGUCUGAGCCCAUGUGGCCUCAUGCACCCACUCACUUAGCACCUGAGAUCAAUUAAGUCUGUGAGUCCUUACUCCUUAGUGCUCACUUUGGGAUUGGGCCGAUCAAUGUUUGCAGCAAUGCCAUCGCUGUCCCUAAUAGUCCCAAGCCUGCUUCCCCAUCCCUCAACUGCAGAAUCAGACCCUUCCAAUGGGGCCACAGGUUGAAAGUGGGCCUACAUGGCCUGCUCUGUCUACACACACACAGUAUCAGUUUACAACCACCCCCCACGAUCCGGUAAAAUCAUGAAUACCCACCGUCAGUGGGUGUAUCCUGUGUGUGCGUGUGCGUGUGUGUGUGUGUGUGUGUGUCCAUCCAAGAACCAGCUGUGCUUACACACUUACAGGGGGUCCACAGAGCCCUAUCGAGUUUUGAGGCUUUCAUGACGGUUUGUGUGCGUAACUCUGGUUAACAGUGACUGACACCUCUGUCAUCCAGCGAUGGCCAUUCAUGUCCACAGACCCCGUCGGCUUGUUUGCCGAGCGGCCAGGAACUGAGCUUCCGGACUCUGGUGGUUGAAUGUCAACAUUUGUUUCAGAAGAAAAAAAAAAAAAUGGAGAGAAUAAGGAGAA